AUGGGUGCUGCUGCCUCUCAGUGCAGCUGCAUUUCCGCAAAUGACUCUGAAGACGUCCGGACGAGCAAGUCGAUUGAUCAUUCGCUCCGAGAGAUAUUGCUACUCGGGAGUGGCGAGUCUGGCAAGAGCACCGUCCUCAAGCAAAUGCGUCUCAUCAACAAUAUUCCCUUUACCGAGAAUGAGCGCGAGGCGUACCGCGUGCAAAUCUUCUACAAUCUCGUCAACGGCAUGCGUUCCCUUCUAGACGCUCUCCGGGAACUCGCGCCUCUCGAGACUGAGGAAGCGUCACAAGCUACACAGAAUCCGAUCCACCAAGUCCCUGUCCACUCGCACGCUAUGCACCAUCACCGACCUGGUGUCGUUUCGCAUAAUCCACCCCCACCCGUCUUUCCAAACGCAAAUGUCAAGCCACGCAAGCCAUUAUUUGGUCCAGUCCCGCCCAUGAGCCCUAGUCCCACCCCACCGGAAUCGACCGACUCGUUGGCGACCGAUGAGACUGAAGGGGAGACUGAGGGGCGGAAAGAGGACCCACAGUCUUCGUCUUCACAAGCACAACAAAUCAAAGAGCAGGAAGACGAAGAGUCUAGAUCUCGGUCGCCGUCCAUUUCGCUCAACUUGUUCGCUUCCGGCAGUCUUACGCCACGGCAGCUUUCACUCUUACACGAGCUCAACUACCCACCCGACCUCCGUCCUGGGCAACCAUUCCCAAUCGAGUUUGAGGCUGUUUUGCGCGAGUGCUGGUGGGGGGUUACGCCAGAUGAAUACGCGGCGCUCUUUGACCAGCACCGUCGACAGGCGACGCCAUCGGAAAUGAAACUGACACCGACACUUCCCGGUGCCGGCGCUCAAUUGGACAGGAUAGCCAUCGAGUCGGGGGUUGCCAUCCCAGACAACUUGCCCUACCUCUUUAGCUCCCCGCAACGCCUGGCCAGCUUUUUCCACCCAGACUAUAUGCCCACAGACGAGGAUAUUCUACGCUGUCGAGGCCGCACCACUGGCAUUCAGGAGACUGUAUUUCAUCUCGGAAAGGACAUAGGGGGUGCUUUAAAGGCCGGUGCUGGGGCGGGUGCAAAUCAAGAUGCCAGAAGACGGGACCAAUUGCAGCCGCUCAAAGUUGCAGUCGGCAAAACUAAAUUACAUUUGGUCGAUGUCGGUGGUCAGAAGAGCGAGCGACGAAAGUGGAUACAUUGUUUCGAAGGGGUUACUGCCGUUCUAUUCCUCGUCGGGCUUAAGCUGAAACUCCCCAAGGGGCUCAUCGAGGAUUCGACCGCGAAUCAGAUGCAGGAUGCCAUGUCCCUUUGGGACGGUGUCUGCUCGAGCCAGUGGUUCAAGAAUACCGCAUUGAUACUUUUCCUUAACAAGACCGACUUGUUCGCGGAGAAGAUUGGCAAAUUUCCAAUCAGAACGUAUUUCCCAGACUAUGGUGGAGACGAUGACGAUGCUGAUGCUGCCCGGGAAUAUUUUCGAAAACGAUUUCUAAGAAUAGCCGUCAAAGCUACACGCAACAUGAACAACGCUGCGGCGAAUGCAUCGAAAAAGUCUGCUAGUCACGAACCGCUUUCGUCACGGGCAAAGUCGACGAAGAGCAAUUCAUUCUCAAAUUCGCUGGAUAACAGGGAUACAAAGCGGAAAAAGCAGAGCAUGCACGGCGACUUGAGUCCAACCGCCACCACUGGGACCGCUGGGACAACGACGAUGAGCUCGCAUGGGCAGUCGACACUUACACCUAGCACGGCCCCAACCUCAAACUCGUCCCCGCGCUCCAAGGACAAGGGCAAAGGACGGGCGACGGGGGAAGCGCUGGAAAUGGGCCAGCGCCCGUCGCCUACUGCUGGCUCUUCGCGCUCUCGAUCUGGACUGCUUGAGGAACGAGAGCGUAAAGAGUCUUCACGAACUGCCCGGACGCGCCAGGACAGUGUGGGUCAAAAUGCGACACUCGAUUCGACGGGCAGGAGAAGCGCACCCAAGGAACUCUCUGUGGGCAUGUCGAGUCUGCCAAAGAGUGCGACGGGUGGGUCUGCGGUGGGCAAAGGUCGAUUUGUAUAUACGCAUUUUACAAAUGCGACGGAUACGGAUCAACUGCGAGUCGUCAUCCUUGCAGUCUGCGAGAUACCGGCAACAGCGAGGCGCGCGUCGUAUUAUAGGCACAUGGCCCAUACGAACCAAAUCUCGUUUGGCUUUACUGUCCCCUCGCAAGGAAACGAGUUUAUGAACCGGAAUCCACCAAACCAGGGCAAGAUUCGAAAAAGGUCAUCAGAGGAUGACGAAGAUGGCGAUGAAGCUGCGAUGAUCAACGACGACGACGAUGAGGAUGACGAAGAGUAUGGAGAGGACGGCGAAUAUCUACCUGACCACGCUGAUGGUCGGGUGAGUCGACAUUCCCUUGCUGGUAGUGAUCCGUCCAAUGCGAAAAGUGGGAAUCACUACCAGCUGAGCAUCCCCUCUGGUGAUCACUCUGGUCUUGGGAGGAGCGCCAGUACGGGUAGUCAUCCAAAGGAUCACCCAGCCGGUGGGAGCGGGUCCAAGUCUGCAAAACCAAUUGUAUUAGGACCAGACGGCCAACCACCGCCCAAGAAAAAGCGAAGAAGGCAAGCCUUGAGCUGUACCGUUUCUCUUUCUCCCUCUCUUUCUCCGCUCAUUGUGCAAAUGCUAAUUCCACCCAACGACGCGCACGACAAUGCCCUUCAACUCGUCCUGUCACCUCUGUCACCCAACGUGACGUUCACCGUCUCCUCCGUAUGCGAUGGACAACUCUCGAUUCGAAUUGGCGAACAAUGCCACUCUCGCGAUGCGCCCAACCUUGGCCACGGUUCCUCACUCAGUGACAAGUUUGUGACGAGGAAAGAGUACGACGAGAUCAAGGACUCCCUCAGUCGCUUGGAGAACAUCCUAUCAAGCACGGGCGGUGAACGAUUACCAGGCACAACAACCGAGCAGGUUGCGAUUAUCGUCGACAAGGUCAAGAAGCAAGCGGGCUUGUUAGGAAAGGUUAUCUCCGCCACGAACUCGAACACGGGACCCCAGCCCAUCAUGGUCAAUCAGCACCAACAAUCACAGAACCACAUGACGCACCCGGAGAAAUCUUACGAUACAUACGAUACGACCGACCGAUUGGAUUCGUCAAUGUUCCAAUCUGGGCCCAGUGGCAUCCAGUCUCACCAUCAUCACCCGGCUCGGAACCGAGCGAUGAUAGAUCCGACGUUUGGCAAUGGCACGGGGAUUGGCGAUCUGCCUACCGCGGGAAACAGUCUCGGACAUAGUGGCCCUAUGCGCCACGGUUCCAACUCGACAACGAAUGGACCCACAGGACUAGGGUAUGCGUACCCUCAGUUUGCACUCAACGUUCCCUCACAAUCGCCGCGGAGUGAUGACGGGUUUUACGGACGCCCACACUCCGGUUCCGUCUCCUCCCAAGCUCAGCCAUAUGCUGGGCAUUCAUCACAACGUUCAUCCUCUCAGCAACAUGGAAACCAACAUCACAUGCUACCAUCACCUUCGCAUACCCUUUCCCCAUUCUCGGCGACUGCACCCACUAUGUCCGGGCCCUUCCACCCACUCGCAUCACAAUCCUACCACCGAAGCGGGCCUAAUGUUGGCCCCACCGGGAGCGUGGAUCUUGGUGGGCUUGUCGUUGAAGACCAGUCGUCGAGUUCACUCCUACGCGCGGGGCACCUCUCAACUUCCUCACUCUCGACACUUGCACAUGUCGCAAACUCGACGCGUCCUGGGUUAUCGCUGAUUCCACCUCAUUCGUCUCCCGUCCCUAGUACUGGGGCAGAGUAUCCUGUUUCGUCAACUCCAUCUGUAGGCACAGUGACCCUUGCACCUAUCACGGUCGAGAGUCAGACGCGUGGCUCAGCCAACUUGCCGGGAACACACGGUCCACCCGUGGAGUUGACCGUAAUGCCCCCUCCGAUACUUCCGCCGGAGACAACGGGUGCAAAGGAGGCGGAGAUGAAGCGGAUUUUGCAGGCAAAUUUGCCAAGGAAAGAAAUUUGCGAUCGACUUGUCGCUCAUUACUUUGAGAAGGUCGAAUGGUCACUCACUCUUCUUCACCGUCCGACUUUCAUGCGUGCCUAUGAAUCAUUUUGGCUCCUCGACGAAUCGCAGCGUUGUAGGGUGGUCUUGUCGACCCCCGCAACGUCGACCACCAACUGGGGGACGGGAUUCCGCGCCUCAUUUCUGCCUCCAACCUCUAGCUACAGUGGCUCCAAGUAUGCUACUGCGGCCGCACAGGCAAGCAGUGCUCAACAGCAGACCUCAUCGGCUACCGAAUCGUCUCGCCAGCCACUUCAAAACUCUGUUACGCCAUCAUGGAUCUCCCUUUUGUUUGCCGUUCUCUGUGUCUCAUUGGAGAAGAUGGGGUUCUUCAAUUCCAAGGUGGUCGGAAUCACGGCUGUAGACGACUACAGAACCCAGUGCCGCUCAUUGUACGAUGCGUCGCAGCGCAUUAUGGUCGUCAUCGAUUUUGUCAAGUCGCCUUCAUUGGAGAUUGUCCAGGCCCUUGUUUUGCAUACGCAUUGUCAUCAGUCUCUCUCGACAACCAACCCUGAUGCCAAAAUUGCCACCAUUGUUUCCGCUGGUAUCCGCGUCGGGAUGAUGAUGGGACUCAACCGCCUCCCCCCGGAAUCCCAAGAGACGACGCGUCGUCCCGGAUUCCUAAAAAGAGAGUUGGGGAGGCGAGCGUGGUGGAACCUGAUUGAGAGAGAUUGGAACCUUGGGUCCCAAGUUGGUCGAGCAUAUACAAUUCAUUCGUCGCAAAACUUCACAGAAGAACCAAAUAAUACAAACUGGCAAGAUCUUAGUGCACGUAGUAGUGCGACACCCUCUCCACCCAGAGGGACCUGGACUAACUCUUCGUGCUUCCUUGCACGUAUCGACCUCGCGCGGUUCAACAAAGACAUGACUGAUCAAUACAACACCUGCGAAGGUGUUUCUUACGAUCAAAUGUUGAAGCAAGAAGCCGCGCUGCAGGAAACGGUCCUUCGAUUGCCGCCUCAGCUUCACACUGCCGACUCGGUUGCCGAGGAAGAAAAUCCCCAGAUUCAGUGGGAUCGUAUCCACAUCUCCUUCCUUUAUCACUACACUAUAAUUAUGCUACACCGGCCAUAUCUCGUUGCAUCGCUUUUGGAGAGCCGAACGUCGGACGGAACCCCAAGCAACCGCGCUACACUGCACCAAAAGACGCUGGAAACCUGCGUUCGCUCGGCAGAGGUCAUCUUGAACGGAUUGGAGGAGGCCAAAUCCGCCAAUUACCCUGGUCUUGCAUGGUGGCAAACAACCAUCUAUUGCUACACGGCCGCCCUUGUCCUGCUCAUCGAGAGAUGGUAUACGGCCGAAGCUAAGCCAGGUUCGCUCGAAUCCGAAGAUGCCGAAGAACGACGACGCAAGAUUGUUGCGACCAUUGGUCUCCUUCAAGACCAAGGGGAUUCCAUCGAACUAUUUGCAUUGGCUGCCAAUGCCAUCGACUCGCUCCUGGACGCAACGACGUCUGCACGCCGUAAAGCAAGGAGGCACGCUCGCAAAGCUAUGGAUCUAAAUGAUGUCGUUAAUCCCGUUAACGUCUCGACCCGUACUUUGGCGGGCGGGAACACGCCACCGUUCGUUCGCGAGUGGAUUGAACGACCGACGACACCUCUUCCUGGCAGCGAACAACCCGUUGUCGACCAGCCGCCAUCUCUAUCGACACUCGAACUUUCUCCUGGAGCUCCACUUCUUUCGGAUGCGUCCUAUGAUUCGAAGUUCUGGGCCCGUGUCUUUGACAUGGAAUUUGAAGACAAACCGGAUUCGAUGGCCACCUUCUUCACUGCGGAGAGUUCUGAUGAAGAGGACGGCCAAGCACCGGAGGAUGUCGAGCAAACGUCUGUACCGUGGGAAGAACAGCAAGCUGUCUCUGCUCACACCGAGGGCAAUUAUGGAAAAAGCGCAAUCUGGGACCAAGUGUCUGGCUCGCUCGGAGGUAUGGACCUCGAUGCGGGUUGGAAACCUCAGCCAUACGACCGUUCGACUUAG